AUGGGUAUAAAAUCUGAUACCAUGGCUCCGGAUCUCACCAUCACGAUUCAGACUUUCUCGGACACGGUCUGUCCCUGGAGUUACAUCGGCAAGAAGAACCUCGACAAGGCGAUAGACAUAUACAAGCAGGCACACCCGGAAGUCAAUUUCGAAGUAACCUGGAACCCCUUCUACCUAAAUCCAGAGGCCAAGGUAUCAGGAUACAAGAAAAAAGACUACUACGCCGUCAUGUUCGGCCCCGCGAGGGCCGCAGCCUGGUUCGACCGGGUCAACGACCGGGCGAAGUCGAUGGGGCUGUCCCUCAACUGGGACGGGCUAUGCGGCAACACGCGCGACUCGCACAUCCUCCUCCUCCUCGCCCAGAAGCAACAGCAACAACAAAAACAGCAGCAGGAGGAGCGUGAGGGGGACCAGGACGGAGGAGGAGGAGGAGGAAAGGACGACAGCGACACCACACUGCGGGACACCCUGGACGCCCUCUUCGACGGCGUGUUCGUCGGCGGCCGCGACGUCAGCGACAGGGGCUUCCUGGCCGAGGUGGCGAUCGGGGCCGGCCUGUGCGGGGGCCCCGGGGAGCUCCUCGCGGUGCUGGACGACCCGCGGGCCCGGGCCGAGGCGGACGCGCUGGACAGGGCGGCCAAGAGGGUUGCUCGGAUCACGGCUGCGCCUAGCUAUGUUGUCCAGGGGCGGUACAGCGUGGGCGGGCAGCAGGACUCCGAGGUCUUCCUGGUGUUGUUUGAUCGGAUCCGGCUCGAGGGGGGCAAGGAUGCGCAGUAA